AUGGCCAAUCAGUCCUCCUCUUCUUACCCCAUCCUUUGCGCUUCCUUCAAUCAAGACACCAGUUGCUUUGCAAUUGGGACAAAGGAUGGCUUCAAAAUAUUCGAUUCCAAUACAGGGAGGCUCUGUUACGAACGAGCUAUUGGAGCUUUCGUUAUUGUUGAAAUGCUAUUUAGCUCCAGUCUUCUUGCCAUUGUUGGAGCUGGUGAAGAGCCAUCUUUAUCGCCACGGCGUCUCUGUCUGUUCAACACCACAACUGGAACUGCUCUUCGAGAAUUAAAUUUUUUGACUUCAAUACUUGCUGUUCGCAUGAAUAAGAAAAGACUUGUUGUCGUUUUACAGGACAAAACAUAUGUAUAUGACAUAAAUAGUCUUGGAAUCUUGGACACUAUUGAUACCAUUCCAAAUUUAAAAGGGCUUUGUGCAUUCUCUCCAAGUUUGGAAGGGUGCUUCUUGGCUCUUCCUGCUAGCAUCUCCAAGGGAUCUGUGUUGUUGUACAAUGUCAUGGACCUGCAUUUACAUUGUGAGAUAGAUGCUCAUCGAGCCCCACUUGCUGCAAUGGCUCUUUCUUCCAAUGGGACGUACGUAGCAACAGCAUCUGAACAGGGGACCAUUAUAAGAGUCCAUCUAGUCUCAGAAGCAACUAAGUCUUAUAGCUUUCGAAGAGGGACAUAUCCCUCAACUAUAUUUUCUUUGUCAUUUGGGCCAUCUACGCAACUGCCAGAUAUUCUUGUGGGCACAAGUUCUUCAGGUUCUGUUCAUGCUUUCUCUCUGGGGUUCUCUAUUUAUCAAAGAAGCAAAAGAUCAGGAAGUUUUCUUGGAUCAAUUAUACCUGGCUCUGUUACGGAUGCAUUGGAUCCAGCCCAUCAUGAUGUACUUCAUAAUGCUGCACCAGCAGGAGUCAAAAGCUAUGCCGUGAUUCGAAAGGUUGACAAGGUUGCUGAUACAUCAACUUCAGAAAUUGUGGCUUGCAGGGCAACUAUUUCCAUUAUAACAUACAAUGGGUACUUCCAGGAGUACAACUUAAGCAUCAACAAUCAGAAUGAGUUCUCAUGGAGUUUGGAGCGUGAAUUCAAGCUACUGACUGUCAUCUCAGAUGAUGCCAUCAGCUCCUGA